AGUAAACCCAGUCACAACGAGCAUCGACUAAUUGUUCGUCAAAGACAGCAGCAAGAAAAUAUUGCAUCUGAACACCGACGACCGAAAGACCUUGCAUACUCCGCGACCAUCCCACUCUGCCAGACUCGCCAAUCUUGACCGCCGCCAUGUCCGACGACGACUUCAUGCAAGCCUCUGACGAGGAGGAGUACGACUUUGAUUACGAAGACGAUGACAGCAACAACGACGAUGGUGCCGUGGAUAUCGAGAACAAGUACUACAAUGCCAAGCAACUUAAGCAAUCCGACCCUCAAGAGGCCAUCGAUGAGUUUCUUGGUAUACCGGCGCUGGAGGAGAGCAAGGGAGACUGGGGCUUCAAGGGCCUUAAACAGGCCAUCAAGCUAGAGUUCAAGAUGCAGCAUUACGACAAAGCAAUAGAACACUACAAGGAGCUGUUGACAUAUGUCAAAUCCGCUGUCACGCGCAACUACUCGGAAAAGUCCAUCAACAAUAUGCUCGACCACAUAGAAAAGGGUGCGGGUGGCUCACCUGAGGCCGGCAAGUGCAUGGAGGAGUUCUACUCGUUAACAUUGGCAUGCUUUCAAAACACCAACAACGAGCGUCUCUGGCUCAAGACCAACAUCAAGCUAUGCAAGCUUCUGCUCGAUAGGAAAGAGUACGGCACUGUGACCAGGAAGCUCCGCGAGCUCCACAAGUCGUGCGAGCGAGAGGACGGCACAGAUGACCCGAGCAAGGGCACAUACCUACUUGAGAUUUAUGCACUCGAGAUUCAGAUGUAUGCCGAGACGCGUAACAACAAGCAGCUGAAGCGACUCUAUCAGCGCGCUCUCAAGGUGCGGUCCGCUGUGCCGCAUCCCAAGAUCAUGGGCAUCAUACGCGAGUGUGGCGGCAAGAUGCACAUGGCCGAGGAGAAUUGGAAGGAUGCCCAGUCGGACUUUUUUGAGUCGUUCCGCAACUACGACGAGGCUGGGUCUCUGCAGCGUAUCCAAGUGCUCAAGUACCUACUUCUGACUACCAUGCUCAUGCGGUCCGAUAUCAACCCCUUCGACUCACAGGAAACAAAGCCAUACCGCAACGACCCACGUAUCGCCGCCAUGAAGGACCUCGUCGAUGCUUACCAGCGCGACGACAUCCAUCAGUACGAGGCUGUUCUCAAGAAGAAUACAGACCUUUUGGCGGACCCAUUCAUCGCUGAAAACAUCGACGAAGUCACGCGGACCAUGCGCACAAAGGCCGUACAGCGCCUGAUCGCACCCUACGAGCGAGUCCGUGUCGACUGGAUAGCCGCGCAGCUUCGCAUCACCGAGGCUGAGGCCCGCGACAUCCUGGGUUUUCUUAUCAUCGACGGCAAGGUCGCUGGCAAGAUUGACCAGUCGCGUGGGUUGGUUGAAAUCGAGUCACGGGCAGAUAUGGACCGCAUCGUGGCCAUCAAGAGCUUGGCCGAUGCGCUACCGCUGUACUUUGGCCAACUGUUUAGCUCGAGCGAGGGGCUCAGCACGGGCGAAGCAUCGGCCGGAUUCUUUGGCGGCGCCAGCGAAGGCGACUUCUUCAUGGGCUUCGACGAACCCCUGGGCGGACUUGGUCAUGCAGUGAGGAGGAGCACGCGUGCCGGCAAGGGCAAGAAUGCGGGGACUGCCUGGGGACGAGGUAGUAGCUCUGGCGCAGGGUCCGUGUCGUAUUUGAACGCUUCGGCAGUUCAUUCGACCUUUACAUGAUAUUUCUGGGGAUCUGUCGAUCAGAGCACACUGCAACCCCAUCGACCGGUUGGGGCCGGCAGUUGGUAGCGCAUUCACGACUUGGGGACUAUGGCAGUCUUCUUCUUGUCUUAUUCAUUAUUUUUUUUCCUCGUCACAUACAUCGCCGCGGAAGACUAGACGGUACCGGCAUAUUGGAGCUACGGAGUUUGUUUGUCGCCUUUCCCUUUGCGCUUUGCGCGUUAGCAAAAAUUACGAUAAUGUCAUGA